AUGCUGAAAAAAAUAAUACGCAAGUCCCCGAGGAAACGCACCCGCACUCAGUCAAUAUCACCCACACGGCGCUGGCUUACAAGAUCGAUGGCUGACCUGUUCGUCCACAGGCCCGACGUUGUGAGUGAAGCUAGCCCAAGAAGCAUGGCUGUAAGAAAGGCUCAAGGCUCUGGCGCUGAGUCCUGUACUCGGCUCAACGGGGUGUCUAAUGGUAAUGGAACUCGAGGUGAAGGCUGGAUGGCUCAGUAUGACUGCGUUGGGCCACUGGAGGCUGCUGCAAGAAGACGGAAUCCAGAAAUCGAUUCAUCAAGCCCCUGUCUCACAGAUCAGCUUCAUGCUUUCACUGGACGGACGUCUGAAGAAACAAAGAAACCAAAACCAUGGUCGUUACGGAGUUCUUCGAGAAAUGUGACGCUCUCAGCUCCGAAAGAGUUCUUUGACGCAGCAGAUAAGGACAUUGAGGGAACUAUCACGACGUAUGACGAGCUACGGAAGGCACUCAAGGACCACGAAGAUGCACUUUCGUUUGAGAAUACCUGCAGGAUCAACGCUUCGGUGCUCGAGAUCAAGGCCAACGCUAAGCUUCAGGCUCUCAAAAAGGACGACAUCGAACGCUAUUACACGCCAGCUCCGCCCAGGCAGGGGUUUCAGGGCCAGGAGCAUCCUCGUUUCUACGGAGAUCAUUUCCUUUCCAACAUCGACUUAAUUCAACAAACCCAACUUUUCAGUCUCUUCCGCGCCAUGCCCAAAGGCGCUCAUCUUCAUAUUCACUUCAACGCUAACCUAUUACCAAAUUUUUUACUUGAUAUUGCGAAGGAGAUGACCCGCAUGUAUAUUUGGUGCAACAUGCCACUGGUGAAUGACAAGGGGCAGGUAGACCGGACCGCUUUGGAUCGGUGCCGGGUACAAUUCAGUAUUAUGAACGAAGCGGCAGUGAAGGAGCGAGGCGAGGGCAAUAUUUUUGAUGCCGCUUACCAAAACAGGACUGUGAUGCAGUUCUCUAGGUUUCGGGAAGAAUUCCGCCGGAGGUACGCCCAGGAGGACGUUGACAGAGUUGAUAAAUGGCUACAAAACAAGCUGGUCUUUGAAGAAGAGGAGGCCCACGGUUUGCUUCAAACAGCAAAAGGGGCAUGGGAAAAGUUCAACGCGAGAACGCAAAUGAUGAAGGGCCUCUUCAACUAUAAAAGUGCAUACGCAAGAUAUACACGCCAUUGCUUAGAGGAGUUCGCCGAUGACAACAUCCAGUACGCCGAGAUCCGUGUGAAUUUCAUGUCGACAAACCAAGUAUGGGAAGAUGACGGGUCCAAAAAACUUGACAACGAAGGAAUCACAGAUCUGAUUAUCGAUCAAUACGAGAAAUUCCAACGCCAGCAUCAAGGAAAAGUGGUUCAGGGGCUCAAGAUCAUCUAUUGCACGCCACGGUCAUUCGACACCGAGCAGGUGGAAGAGUCGCUUCACGAGUGUCUCGAGUUCAAGCUCAAAGAGAAGUACUCAAACUACAUUGCCGGUUUUGACUUGGUUGGCGAAGAAGGCAAAGGUCACCCCUUACAUUAUUUCACAAAGCAGCUGCUUCGAUUCCAGAAAGCCUGUCGCCUAGCAGGAACCUCCAUACCGCUUCUGUUACACUGCGGUGAGACUCUGGAUCAUGGCGAUGAGACGGACAGAAACCUGCUCGAUGCUCUCCUGCUCGGGUCCAAGCGGAUCGGCCACGGGUUUGCCCUGCCGCGGCAUCCUUUUAUUAUGGAGCAGAUGAAACAGCACAACAUCUGUGUGGAAGUGUGCCCAAUAUCGAACGAGAUACUGGGACUCACGCCGAGAAUAAGCGGGCACUCUGUGUACAACCUGCUGGCUAAUAAUGUCCACUGCACUCACUCGUGCAUGGAUGCAAAGGAGAGGGAAAAGGUGCAUACCGCUUGGCUCCACAUGUGGGAGAAGUUUUGUCUGAGGAUUGUCAAGGGUGAAUUUGACCAACCGCAACAGCGAAGAGACGGCGAGGCUACCUUGGGGGUGGCUGGAAACGAGAAAAAGACAGCUGCUAUGCCCGGCCCAUGA